AAGAAAAAGAAUCGCUUCCCGUCACAUUGAUCCUUUCAUUUCUUUUUUGACCAAUGGCUGAAGAAGACAACCGUACUGAGGAUGAGAGAAUCCAGGCUAUACUUCAGCAGAACGACUCAUGGUCACCUACACGAGAUCAAUUCCAGCAAUCAUCACCCCCACCACGUAACAAUCAAAUGACAGGAAUGUCCAAUAUGAAUCAUGGAAUGGGGGCGCCAGACAUGUUUAACCCCAUGAUGGCAAUGAAUGGUCCCAACAUGAUGUCAUACCAGCAACAAAUGCAGAUGCAGCAGUUCAUGAUGCAACAACAACAGCAGCAGCAACAAAUGUCUCGAAACCAAAACAUGCAGCCUGGGAUGAGACAACCUGGACAACUUCCACCAGAAUCACAGUUACCUCCUGCAGGUUAUGUUUGCUACAAAUGCAACCAGCCGGGACACUGGAUAUACUAUUGCCCUAAUGUACCAAAAGGAGUGCAUGUGCGAGCAACCAAUAACGGAUCCACACCUGCGAAUGGCGUUCAGCAAAUGCAAGCAACUGCCAUCAUGCCUUCACAAGUGAGCAGAGUUCCACUAGAACUUCUCUGCAGGAUCGAUAACAAGUUGAUGAAGGAUGCGGUGUUGGUGCCAUGCUGUGGCAAGUCUUUUUGUAGAGAAUGUACGUAUUAUCAUGAUGAUUCUUCGCUUCUUUUUAUUCUAUUUUCUCUUCGUUUUUCGCAAAAGAUGUGGUCCUAUAGCAUAUUAUUUGUCUCUAUACUUGACUUUCUCCUACGCGACAUUUUCUCACGGUCAUCGAGGAUAAACCACAGUACACGUAUAGCAGGUUACUUGGGUGAUGGUGGGUGAGGAGGAGAAAAAAAUCUCGUGAAAAACCCAAAGGGUACUUCAUUACUUAUUACAGGUUAUGUCAUCCAAGGAUGCUCUGCCGUUGGAUGAAAGUUUGUUUGUCUUUACCGAACGAUACUCACAAACCAGAGUUAACCAAAUGUCACUAACCAAGGGGCACAGACAAAUUGUGCGCGGAACAUAGCGUUUGUACACUACAUUGCACUGCUAUAGAGACCACAUCUUUUAUGCGACUUACUUGCUUUUAAAUGAUAAUCUUUGCAUAUCUACUUUAUAUGGAUAUUGCAAAGUUUAUGCUUUCUUUACCGUUCCUCUCUUUUCCUAUUUUUUUUUUUUUGGGCC